UCUUCGAUCUUGAUACUUACAAACACGACUCUGGGCACUGUACUACGCAGUUGAAAACCCCUUUCGUACUGUAAGUACGUGCUCUUGUAUCGUGUUCGCGCGUGUUUCUGAAAAAUCAUAAAGCAGUUAAUAUUUUUGAAAAAUGAACGGCUUUUAUCUCGAGCCAGUUGGUUCUCACAACGGUAUCCCCUUGCCCGAUUUUAAAGGGUAUACCUGUGGACGACAGCGGACAAAUGAUAUUAUGCUGAACAGUGUUACAGUUUCGAGGGAGCACUGCACCUUUACGGUUUCACCAAACCAUUUUCAAGUUUACGACCUCCAGAGUGCCAAUGGCACGUAUAUCAAUGGACAAAGAGUUCAAGCUAAAGUGUUCCAUACUGUCCGCAUCGGAAAUGUUAUUGGGAUUUCCUGUCACAAAACGGAAGAUCAUGAGUUCGAAGAGAAUGAAAAUCGCUUUGUUUAUCGACUAAGGAGACUGCCUGUAGAUUAUUCAAAAAAAAAUAACGGAAAUUUGAAGGAUGAAGUGGGAGAAAAAAGAAAAUCAAACGGAGAAUCUCCUGUGCCAUGUAAAGUUGCCCGCUUCGAAAAUGUUGAAGAUGGUUAUGUAUCAGAUGAUGACUGUAUUAUGAUUGAAGAUGACCCUGUUCCAAAUGUACAACCAGAAUCAAGGUUGGUUAUCAUACGACCUCAACCCGUCAUCAAACCGUCUACCUCAGCUCCAGAAGUGGGCCAACAAAAUAGUCUAAUAAAAUACGAGCUGGAUAUACCAGAAGAAGGAGAAGAAAAAGAAGUAGCUUCAGAAAAAAAUUUAAUUAAUAAUAGAUCGGAUCCGAAAGAUUCAGCUCAAACCUCGAUUACGAAUCCUGUAGUCAACGGCUCAACAUCUCGUAAUGAAGAAUCGAGUCUUGCUGCAAGAUCAUCGUCAUUGCUUAACGAUGAAGCUAAUUCCAAUGAUAUAUUCAGCGAUUCACCGGCAUCAAGUCCCAAAAUUUCCAAAAUUGCUGCCAAAAAUACAAAUGAAUCUGUUGUCGUAAAACAAGAGCUAAAAAUUAAAAAAGAUACGGACGCGAGUGUCGAUGUGAUUCAAAUUGAUAAUGAUGACGUCGUUGUAUUUCCAGCUUCUCAACUUUUUGAUGACGAGGAGGCCGCCAACAGUGAUGAUAAUAAUACCACUGUUGAUGCCGCACCAGUUUCUUCAAUAAUUAAAGAAGAAUGCGAUCUUGGAACAGACGACAUCGACUGCUACAAUGGUCUAUCGACCGAAGAAGCUGAAGAGUCUGAAUAUCCUGUCAUCGUUCUAUCUGAUGACGAAGAUGAGUAUGACUCUACCAGAGACCCGUGGUUGAUGAAACUGUCGGGUAGUCAGUUGGAAAGUCGCAGUAGCAGUGAAAUUGAGUCACUGAAACUUAAAGAAGAGCCUAUUGAUCAAAAUGAUGACAAAGAAGAUGAAAUCGUUAAUGGAUUGCUCGAUUCGUUGGAUAAAGAAGAAUUUGUGAUGGAAACAGAAGACGCUGAGAUGUCAGACGGAGUAACUAUUUCCGAAGAUAUGGUUACUGACCAAAUUGAGGAUGUGAAAGAACCGGUGAAACUCACUGAAGCUGUAGCUACUGUUGCAAUCUCUGAAUCUGUUGAGGAAAAAGAUGUCAAGAAAGAGAAAAAAGAUAAAAAAAAUAAAAUUCCUGAGAAUCGCCGCAAGGAAAGUCACAGUAAGCCUAAAGAUAAAUCGAAAAAUCGUAAAUCGGAGAGAGAUAGUAGCUCUAAAGAUCUGUCGAAACAACUAAUCGAUGCCUAUGAGUUCAGAACUUCAUUUGAAGAACUUGAAAUUGGACCGUAUCAGAGUACGAAAAAAGAUAAAGAGGCUAAAAAGAUUAAAAAAAUUGUCAUCAGAAGCAACAUCGAAUUCAAAACUCCAAUUGUCAAGUCUAUUCUCGCUGAUGAAAUGUUGUCUAGGCCGUCUAAAGAGUCUAAGGUUGAUAAAAAUGAAAAACCAGUUGAGAAAGAUGGAAAAGAAGAAUGUAAAGACAAGGGUGCGAUUAAAAAAUAUAAGGUUAUUCAAGAAGAGUCGAAAGAUCACGUAAGAGUUGAAGAGAAAAUUAAACGUGUGGAAAAAGAUAAACCGAAAAAUAAAAAAAAGAAUAAAAAUCAAAAAAAGGAGGGACAUAAAAAGAAGGAAGAAAAAGUGGCACUUAUUCCGUUCGAAGAAGCUCUGAUGGAGGGUGAUAAGAAUAUUAUUGACGACAAGAAAAAAAUUAAGAAGAGAAAGACUUCUCAAGAGUCUUCUGAAGAACGAAAGAGUGAUGAACCUGUAGCUUCGACUUCUGCUGCUGCGGAAACACUUUCGAAAGAGCCUGCCAAAGCUGAAAUCGAAACUAAGACUUUGGUGAUUGACGGAAGAAGAGUUUCUAUUUCAAAAAAAGUUGAGAAGAAAAUCAAGACUAUUGAGCCGCCGAUAUUUACUCGGGGAGGACGGCAUGGAGUUAGUGCUACUCUUAGUGCUUCUGAUGCUGCUUUAAACACUCCAAAAGCUUCUGACGAAGCCGGUUUGAGUCCACCAACUGGUACUGACAAUCAAGAAGAAGAUUACAAUUCAGAUCUCUUCUCGAAACCCACAAAAUUGGCUAAUUCUUCCAAGUCCAACAACCCAAUGGAGCAACAGAAAGAUCGUGUGAGAAGAACUCUUCGUGAGAAGGAAAUUCGUGAAAACGUUGAAUCUAUCCAUAAAGCAAGGAAUAAACGACAUAAUAAAGAAUUAAGAGAAGAUCGUAAGGAAAGAUUGAAACAAUUGACAGAAAAGUCGAAGGGUAAUGAUGACAAAACUGCUUCCAAAAGAGUCAGUAAAGCUGUAGUUAAAGUUUCUAAGAAUCGUGGAAUGUUCCUUGUCCCAGAGGGGGUAAAUCUCGAUGAUUCAAAAGAUGAAGAUGCUGCUAAAAAAGAACCAGUGAAGAUAAACAAUGGCCCGACUUUCGAUUUGCAUGUCGAAGGUAUUAAAAAUAAUCAUGUAAAUGCUAAUUCAACGACUGUUGACGAUCUUUCCGAUGUUAUUUCUACAAAUUCUGUUCCUGGAUACCCCGAGCCUCCACCGCAGGAAGACACUGAUUCAGACAGCAGUCACGAUAUGAAUGCUAUUGCGGAUCCAGGUUUGAGCAAUGACAUCGACAUGGAAAAUACUUUAAUGGAUUACAUUGACACUCCAACAACUAGCAAUGGAAGAUCUGCUAGUUCAAGUCCUGAUGACUACUCACCACCAAAGAUCAAUUAUUCUCGGCAAAUUAAAAAAGUUUCUCCAGAGCCUUGUACUCCACAAGUAAACCAAGUCUUUUCUAGACCACCAGCAGCUUCUCGUCCAUCGAAUUUGCUUUUCCAUCAACCAAGUCGGCUAAUUCGUGGUAUUUUGAAGAAAGUACCAGAAAGAGGACAAGCAAAUUACCUACCAAAUGGUAUUUCUAGUAAUAAUCUUCCACAAAUCGGUAAACCGAAAAAGAGAAUAAGAUUUGUAACAACGCCUCCGGUAGUUCACUUGAUCGACAUUUUACCAGGGAAUAAAUUGAUUCGAAAAUGUAUUCAAAAAGACGCUGCUAUGCCAAAAACCUUAGUCAUCCAAAACACGCUGCCGGGUGAUCCAUCAACGUAUUUACCGAAUUUGUCGACUAUCACGAUUCCAAAAGCACUACCAGCACCGCCUUCUGCUCCAGCGCAUGUUCAUCAGAACGCAUCGACUUCGAGGCAUAUUGUUUCAAAUAUAUACAACGAACCAAGACGAAUUUCAGGUCCGCAGCUCGACGAAUUUCUUCUAAGGAUUUUUGACUGGAACCCGCAAUGGCUGGACCCAGAAGCUUACGAUCAAAAGUCCCAGAGAAAUUUACCGAUUGUCCCAGCAGGACAAAUGCCCCACUUGUCUUCUUACGCUAAUUACAGCGAUUAUUAUAGCAUUAUGGCCGACUUGAUGUUGCUCGAGAUGUGGGCUGGUAUCGUCAGGGAAUCUAACGACCGGGAAUUCAUGAAAGCUCGUCGGAAUAUGCACGCGGUGAUCGGGCAAAACUCGAUUACUCAAACUCCUAUCCGCUCGACCAAUCACACGCUUACAGUAUUCACAGCCGAUAUUUUGUGUAGUAAAUCACAAAUUGACUCGCGGCAGCAUGCGACUCCAGGAGAACUGGUUAUGCUGGAACUGCCGAUCGUCGUCGAGAACGAGAUUCACUUUCGGCCUAUUUUCGCUUACGUAAAAGACUACCAGAAAACUGUGAUAACACCAUCUAGCACGCCCUACAACAAGUACUUGCAAAACACAGUACCAAACCCUUAUGCAGUUGUAACUUUGACUAUGUCGACCAAGUCUUUACCUUUGAACAUCAAGUUCAACCGAGUUCUUAGGAUGAAAACCAGAUUCUACAUGCGUCCAAAUCUGAGAAUGGUUCAAGCUAUUUUACAUCUUCCUUCGAAUCCGCUUCUUCAUCAUAUUAUUCAGCCAGAUAUCAAAAAAGAAGGCUACGAGUUACCGAAAGUUACCAAAUUCGAAAAUUACAAGUUCGCUACUGGUGAUGCAUUAAAUGAAAGACAAAUGGAAGCAGUUCUGUCUGUAACUAAUGCUGUUCUUGAUAAAAAACCGAAGAUUUGUUUGGUCGAAGGCCCACCAGGAACCGGAAAGUCCAGAGUUAUCGUUAAUAUCAUCACUGAAAUUAUGUACGGACAAAAUCGGUACGCAAACAAUGACAGACGAAGGAUUCUUGUCUGCGCGCCAUCCAACGCGGCUGUUGAUGAAAUAACAAUGAGACUUUUGGAAAUUAGAGCUAAAUUCCAAAGAGAAAACUCCCGUGAUUUGUUCAGGCUGGUGAGAGUCGGCAACACUAAAAUGAUGCAUCCUCGGGUCAAGGAUGUCUCGUUGACUGACCUUGUUGACCGUGCUUGGGCAGCUAAAGGACCCGGUGACGUCAGUGCUGACAAUGAAAUAAAUCGACUUCAGCAACAUAUUUUAGAAUUAAAAGCUACUAUGGGAAGUUUUACGGAGCCAAUUCCGGAGGGUGAUAGAUUAAAAUUGAAGAAGAGAUUGGAAGAUUGGACUACUCAACUUGCACUGCUGCAAUCUUCCAAGCAGGUGAGAUAUCUGCAUAGCGGAAAGCGGGCGUGCUUGGAGAACAAACUUUUGUCCACAGCAGAUAUUAUUACUUGCACAUUGUCGUCUUGUUACACUCAACCGAUGGAGCUGGCGUUUGGAAACAGAAGUUCCAAGAAGAUAAGUGUCUGUAUUGUUGAUGAAGCGACGCAGAGUACCGAGCCGGAGACUUUGAUUCCGCUGAUGCUUGGUGUUCUCAAGUUGAUCCUUGUUGGAGAUCCGCAGCAGUUGCCGGCAACUGUUUUGUCUUCCAGAGCUAAGGAGCUUAAUUAUGACAAAUCUUUAUUUUCGAGAAUUCAUGAGAAAUUUAUGAGUGAAUUGGAGAACCCUAUUAUAUCACUGAACACUCAGUAUCGGAUGGCCCAUCCGAUUGUUUACUGGCCGAACAGAUUCUUCUAUAGCAAUCAGCUGCAAUCAUCCGUUAAGCCAAUAGUGUGGCCUUACUCACCGUACAAAGUUUUCAACCUGACGUCUGUUCAGGACAAUAAUCAGUUCUCCAAUUCGGACGAGGCUACUUACGUAGUUAACCUGAUCCACGCUAUUGUCACUGGUGCCAACUUGGACAAGGUGGAAGGAGUUAUUCGAAUUGGGGUUAUUACACCAUACCAGGACCAAAGGAAAAUAAUUCAACGAAAAAUGGAGGAAAAAUUUACCUCAGUACCUGAUAAUAUUAAAAAUAGAUUUAUAAGACAAGUAAGCACUGUCGAUGGCUUCCAAGGGCAAGAAAGGGAAAUUAUUAUUAUGUCGUGUGUCAGGAGCAACGGAAUUGGAUUUUUGACCGACAGGCAGCGACUUUGUGUUGCAUUGACGCGUGCUAAACAUUCGCUGUUUCUUUGUGGGAAUUUCAAAACAUUUGAAAGAGAUGAAACAUGGGGUGCGCUGAUAAAAGAUGCAAGAUCGCGCAACUUUUAUAUUAAUACUGACCAUAGAACUGAUCAAGAAAGGAUCAAACAAAAUAUUAUUAAACUAGCCUUUAUGAAAUGAACAAAUAUAUUUAUACAAGAAAUUUUAUCAUAAGUUAAGAAAAGCUACUACUGUUAAGCACUUAAAUAGUUGUGAUAGGUUAAACUAAAAAGUCAAAUGAAAUUCUUUAAGAUAUGUUAAAAUAUCAAUUGCUAUGUAAUG